AUGGCGAAGAAGCUGGAUAUGAUUAAAGAUAUUGAUGGUAAAAGGGAUACUCUAAAGCUGGCAGUUAGAGUUGUUGAUCAUUGGUAUGUUCAGUCCCGUGAUUCUACUCUUCAGUUGGAGAUGAUUCUGAUGGAUGAAAAUGCGGACAAAAUACAUUGCAUUGUUCGCAGGGAAGAGUUUGAUUUAUGGGAUAGCAAGUUGAUUGAGGGAGAAACAUAUAUCAUGCACAAUUUCAAGGUACUGAAAAAUGAAGGGCAGUACAUGGUAUGUGAGCAUCCUUACAAGUUACUGUUUAUUGGUGCUACAUCCGUGAAGUUGCAAGUUAUUGCUAAACUUCCAAUGAAGGCUUACAACUUUAAAAGUAUAAAAGAUAUUGUUAGUGACAAUUUUAUUCCUGACUUGCUGAUAGUGCUGCUGCUAUUUGUUGUACAUUGUGGGAUGAAUAUUGCAAGAAGUUUAUACAGAGGUGAAUGGCCAGUUUCUGUUUCUAAUACGUGGAAUGGUACAAAGUUGAUAAUGGAAAGUGAUUUUCCUCAAAUAGUUGAUUUUAAGAAACAAAUGAAGUUAAUGGAUCCCGAUGAAGUGAUAUUGAGUCAGUGUGCAAGUCAAUUGACUCAGUCUCCCCAAUAUACUGAUACUAAACGUUUUGUAUAUAAAUGUUUAGUAAAAAGUUUGUCUGAAAUCCCAUCAAUGAAGAAGGAAGUUGUAUGUGUGACUGUUGCAACGACUGUUAAGUUUAACUUAGAUAAUGAGGGCUGGUAUAGGCUCCAAGUCCAGAAACGAAUGAUUGAGGCUGGUGAAGAUGAUUCCCUUUGCUUUCCCGAUGCAUUGGAUGUAAUGCUAGGUUGUACCUUUGCUUUUAAAGUUCGAACCCAACCAAGAACUAAGUGUGCAUCUGUCAUUAAAGUUUCAAAUGUUUCAGAAAUAGUGGCACAUGUUAAAAGUCUUAUUCCUCCACUUCAAAUUGGUGAUAGUACUGAUAAAUGCAGUAUGGAUUUGGUUUCUGAGAGUUCCAGUGUUAUGAUUUCAGAAUUACGUGGGAAAUCUAUUUGUAAUUUGGCUGCAGACACUGAUACUAAUAUAAUGAGUUUAAGUGCAACUGGUGAUAAUGAGUCGGAUUAUGUUGUAAUUGGAACUCCAGGAAAGAGGUUAUUGCCAUGUAGUGAAAAUUGCAAUGAAUCUUCUCAGGACAUGGAUUCUGCUCAACUAUCCAGCACUAAGAUGAAGAAGCUUAUUAAGAAGGAGAAAACUUAA